AUGGCCGCGUAAGUUUUUAUUUUAUUUUUCUGAAUCAUCAAGCAUUCAGCUGUCGAUUUAUUUGAUUUCUGAUUGUGAGAUUUCAGUCAAGCGAAACCACGUUCGGAAAUGACGUCUGACGAGCUCGCCGCCAGAGAGCAGGAGGAGUUUGCCGUCGGACCACUCUCGAUUCUGACGAAUUCAGUCAAGAACAACGCUCAGGUAUUUGAAAAAUAACUUCGUAUUUCAAAAAUGUUACUUUUCAGGUGCUCAUCAACUGCAGAAACAACAAGAAGCUUCUGGGACGCGUCAAGGCUUUCGACAGGUAACUUUAAUAUUAAUUUUCCAUGUAAUCACGGAAAACUUUCAGACACUGCAACAUGGUGCUCGAGAACGUGAAGGAGAUGUGGACGGAAGUUCCGAAGACCGGAAAGGGCAAGAAGAAGGCUAAGUCUGUGGCCAAGGACCGUUUCAUCUCGAAGAUGUUCCUCCGUGGGGACUCCGUCAUUCUCGUCGUCAAGAACCCACUGGCCCAGUCCGAUUAA